UCCGAGCCCGCGGCCGACUGCGCAGUCCGCCCGCGAGCCUGAGAUACCUACGUGGAGCUACCAUGGAAAAAUCCUGGAUGCUGUGGAACUUUAUUGAAAGAUGGCUCCUAGCCUUGGCAUCCUGGUCUUGGGCUCUCUGCCGCAUCUCGCUUUUGCCUUUGAUAGUGACUUUUCAUCUGUACGGAGGCAUUGUCUUACUUCUGCUGAUAUUCGUGUCCAUCGCAGGGAUCCUGUAUAAGUUCCAGGAUGUCUUGCUCUACUUUCCAGAACAGCCGUCCUCUUCCCGCCUCUAUGUUCCCAUGCCCACGGGGAUUCCACAUGAGAAUAUUUUCAUCAGAACCAAAGAUGGAGUGCGCCUGAAUCUGAUCUUGGUGAGAUACACUGGAGACAAUUCCCCCUACUCCCCAACUAUAAUUUAUUUUCACGGGAAUGCGGGCAACAUAGGCCACAGAUUACCAAACGCACUGCUUAUGCUGGUGAACCUCAAAGUGAAUCUCGUGCUGGUUGACUAUCGGGGGUAUGGGAAAAGCGAAGGAGAAGCCAGUGAAGAAGGACUGUAUUUGGAUUCUGAAGCUGUGCUAGACUAUGUGAUGACUAGACCUGACCUCGAUAAAACAAAGGUUUUCCUUUUUGGCCGCUCCCUAGGAGGAGCGGUGGCCAUUCACUUGGCUUCCGAGAAUUCUCACAGGAUUUCAGCCAUCAUGGUGGAGAACACAUUCCUAAGCAUCCCACACAUGGCCAGCACACUAUUUUCCUUCUUCCCAAUGCGGUAUCUUCCUCUAUGGUGCUAUAAAAAUAAGUUUCUGUCCUACAGGAAGAUCUCCCAGUGCAGGAUGCCUUCUCUCUUCAUCUCUGGCCUCUCUGACCAGUUGAUUCCGCCCGUGAUGAUGAAGCAGCUCUACGAGCUGUCCCCGUCCCGGACUAAGAGACUGGCCAUUUUCCCAGACGGGACGCACAACGACACGUGGCAGUGCCAGGGCUACUUCACUGCGCUCGAGCAGUUCAUCAAGGAAGUGAUCAAGAGUCCUUCUCCUGAGGGAAUGACGAAAACAUCAUCCAACGUCACCAUCAUCUAAUGCCACCCUCUCGAUGGAUGCCUUGGGUUUCGGUUUGUGUAGAGUGACGUCCACUCUGGGUGUGUGUUCACGGGGUCUGCACAGCGACUGAGCGUUGACGGGCCUCAGCACUCCGUCCUAUAACUCUCCGUAUUUUCAGAACUGUUCUUGAGAUCUUUCAUUGUCCCACCAGAACUUCUAGCCUGGUUAACACCCUUGUCUUUAGUUUAAGAUGCUGGUGUGCUAGAGCUCAUCCAAAAGUUUCCUGUUGGUAAAGUGGUAAAAUCUAUGUUGUAAUCAGAUGGAGACGCAAACAAGAAACCUUCAGAUGUCAUUCCUUUAGUAAAUAUUGGGACAAUCACGGUAAGCAAGCCUAGUGCUACUGCGUUGUCACCUUAAACAUUAAGAUGAAGUGCAUGGUGGUGUUUUAUUCUUGACUUAUGCAAUGCGAUAUUUUUAAUGUAAAUAACUCUGGUCACAUGCCAAUGUAUAUGGUUUCCUGGGUUAUAUCUAUUUUUAUGUAAACUCUAUUUUGUUUGUGGUGAGGAAUGAGUGUGAGGCCUGUGAGCAGAUUCUCUGCUCUGCUGCUGAGAUCCGGCUUUUUCCUAAUAAUAAACAGGACCAUUUUCCAAUGUAGAUGUGCUGUGUUUCUGUGAGGUACUGUCUGCAUCAUGGCUCGUGGCUAGGAAGUUAGCAUUGUACUGUAGCUUUCUUUGCACAUUGAACUUUGUAACAUUCGUGAUUUUAGUUAAACAGAAUUUUAGCCUCUGCCAGUUUAUGAAUCUCCAGCUAAAACAGUAACAGCCACAACAAGGGCUAGAAGUAGCCAAUAGUUGAGGUAGAUUGUCUCAACCAGUGUGUGCACACAGCCUUAUGCAAUGUCCAUCUGACUGAAGUCGCAGUACCUGGGAUGUGUCUGUCCUGAUAGAGACAAGCAUCAUUUAUGUACUUUGUGCAAGUAAAUUACAUUAUGAAAGAAAACCGCAAAAGCAAAUAACCAAGUAUGACUUAAUAUUUCAGUUGUGUGUAAUGGGGCUCUAUAGAAAGUAACAGUUGUAGGCAGUCUGUCCGUGCUCCAGCUGGGUCUGAAAGGUCCCAAAGCUUUGGCCAGCCUGUCACACAGGUAGCGUUAAGGAGUUGAGGGCAGGAGGUUGUGCUUGACAAAGUAGCAAGCCUCUGAAGCCUGUGAACGUGUGCUAGCAUGCAGCCAUGACGUCAGACCUGCCAAGCCCUUCCCCGCAGUCCUCACUAUCACCAGAUAGAUGCGCUUGAGCCCUGCGCAUUAGGUCAGCGCGCCUACACGACUGCAGAUCACUUAGCUAUAUUUAUUGACCUUCCACAAGCAGCUAGAGCAGAGUAAUAAUCAGUCAAUAAUCUUGACCUUAAUUUAAAACUUUCCAUGAACAUAGGGCUAGAAAUACUUUUGCCAAGUAGCAUUCUUAGCCUUCAUUCUAUGCCAAUGUUUAGAAAAUAAUAAUGUAUAGCGAGUAUAAUUUCUAAAGAAUAAUGAUUUUCUAUAAAUUAUUAAUUGUAAAGAGUCUUGUUUUUUAAAGAGUUGGUACUCAUCAUGGAGGGUGUAUUUUGUAUGUGUAAAUUCACUACACAAUUAAAGGCUGCUUUUCAUCCUGUCAGUCUUUGCUGUGUAGAACAACUGUCCCGAAUGUUCAUCUGCUGGAAGGACCGAAAAAGUAACAGGCGGAAUGUACUUUCUGCAGAAAUGAACUCUCAUGCAUACUUGGUCACUUCUGACGCUUACAGAGUGCUGCAUCUGUGGUCACUUGGUCUGGAGGGGUGAGUGACCAGCCAGCUUGGGUUGUACAUGUUCUCCAGAUGAAAUAGGACAGCAACCCCUUCCCCUUCCCGGCUGUUUUCCCUGCUGCUCCUUCUGUUCAGAUUCGCGGGCUGGGACUUGAGGGCUGGAAGAACACUCUACCACACCUACCACCUUUGCCCUCUUCAAGGAACCGUCUCUUAGGCAGCAAAGACAGAGCUGUGUUUAGAGUUGUAGGGCAUCUCCUGUUACCAGCUUUGUGUGUGAUGCAGUUUCUUUGAUGAGUAGGGAUAGAAAACAAAGUCAUACAUUCAGGGGCCGUGACACGCCCCGGCAUCAGCUUUAAUACUUUCUCACUUGGUCUCAGUGAAACAUGACUACACCUCAAUCAGUCAUCUUUAGGGGGAAUGGUCAUGGUCUGUCGAUUUCUAGCACAUUGUUCAAUAGCAGUGAGAGAAAUGGAUAAUCUUAAAUUAUUCAGCUACUAUGAAUUUGUAAACACUAAAAUUAUCCUAAACCUGUCAAGAUCGGUUUACUUGGAAAAAAAUCUAAAAUUCCUUGUUUUCAAGAAUAAUAGAGAAAACCAGAUUUUUUUUUUAAAAAAAAAGAGGAUCGUACAGAGAAUACGGCAAACAAGGAAGAAAGUAUUUGUUACAGACAAAAGGUGUCAAUAGACUAGAAACCACUUGACAGCAGUUGGUGACUCCACUCUUAAACAGAGAGGUGGGGAUACUUAAUUGCUGAGAUGAAUAGCAGAGAAUUGCAGAAUCCCGUUUUCAGUCAACGUCCUAGUACAACAUGGCCCUGUGUUUCACAACAUUUAUUUGACCAUGAUGACACCCAUUAAAUGUUGCAGUAAAAUGAGUCGGUCACACAACAGCUUAAAUCACAGGUGGGCUGGAAACACUUGAAAUGAGACAGGUCAUGGCACUGUUGACAUCAUAGGUGAUGGCAUGUGUGUAGCUGAGGGUUCGUGCCUGCUGUGCUUGCCCUCCCGUUCAAUUUGGCUUGGGUGGGAAUAGGUCAGGUAGAGAUGAUUAAAUAAUAUGUAAACUACCGUGGAAGCCGAUCUUAUUAGUGGUUUGUAUUAGCGUGCCUUUCUUCCUGAGGAUCAGGAGUCAGUAAGGUGAUCCACUGAAGGAAGUCACCAUUUCAUCUAGGCCAGUGGUUCCCAACCGUGGGUCACAAACCCUUUGGAUCAAAUGACGCUUUCACAGGGGUCGCCUAAAGCCAUCCGAAGACACUGAUAAUUACAUUAUGGUUCAUAACAGUAGCAAAUUACAGUUAUGAAGUAACCACAAAAAUAAUGUUAUAGUUGAGGAUCACCACAACAUGAGGGACUGUGCUAAAGGGUCACAGCAUUAGAAAGGUUGAGAACCACGAAUCGAGGCCAUCGUUGCCAUAUUUGAGUCCUUUGGUCAUCCCCUGGGCCUUUUUUCCAUCAUGUUUGAUAAUUAUCUAUUUUUUAAAAACUGAAAGGGAAAGAAUUAGUCAUAAGUACCUCCUUUGGAUGUUGACUUGAGCUUAGGUGUCUUCAUGUGACUCAGGUAGAUUAGAGUUGGCAGUGGAGCACUUGUUCAGCUGGCUGGCUAGAAAAUGCAGAGCCCUUGGUGUUCUCAGUGCGCAUGCACCUCCUCUCCCCAGUCAACGCUGGCCAAGGGCACAGAUAUACCUCCGUUUAUAUUUUGUAGUAUGAAAGUGUAGAUUAAAGACAGGACUGUAUAACCCAUACUUUUUGACAUAAAGUGCAAUAUAUACGUAUAUCACGGGUGUGUGUGCAGCAUAAUUUAUACAGAGUUUCUGUCAGUACAGUGUAUGCUGAAGUUUCAGCUUCCACAGUGAGGUGCAUUCAGUAUGAAGUAAGUUAGUUCAGUUUCAUAAUCUGAGCCAUAAUUCUUGUUAUUGCCAUAUUUCCUUUGAAAUAGUAAUAAAGUUUUAUAGCUCAAAUUUGAAUGUCCUCAUACCUGGGCACUAACCAUGGCAAGGAAAGUGAGUUUUAUUUUUAAUUUGGUUUUGUUUUUUACAUUUCUUUUAAGGUAUACUUUUUAUUUUUCUGUACUGACAUGCAAUAAAUUGAUACAUGAACAAUUUGAUUAAUGUUAGAUAGUUUGUAUUCAGUCUUUUUAAAAAUUCUAUUCAUGUAUUGUAGGACAUUAAAGUAACUAAUUGUUCAAUAAAACUGUUUCACUGAAAGCAAUGAAUCUUA